GAUAUGAAUCUCAGUUAGAUCUGCUAAAUUUUAGCUGGGGUCGGAAAAUUAUCCGGUUUCUGGAAAACCUACAUUGUAUCCUUCACAUCUUGACCUUUCAACUCAAGUGAGCAAAAAGAAGGGUAGCAAACGUAAACGGUCUUCAUGGUUUCUUGAUUUGUGACCAGUGUUAUGCCAUUAUCUAAAGUUAUUGAUAUUUUUCUGUUAGUAUUAUAAUUAUUUCUGUUUUGUUGUGUUAUUUUAAACUCUUUAAGCUCAUCAUUCUUGGUCAGUCAUUACAAAUAUCUGUUUUGUAUUUACAUGUCAUCGCCCCCGCGUGAUCUCCACACAUGUGAGUUGGGAUGUUGCAACAUUUUUGACUGAGAAACUUCUAGUUCUAAGGAGAAAUUAUGGCCGUGGCCUUCAGCAGUGACAGUUCGGACGUCAUCAACAGAUGUCUCGGCAUCUCCUCUCCUUCCAAAACGUCUUCUGAUCUGGUGGAAACGGUGUACGAGGUCCCGAGAUGCGUGGAGUGGGUGAAAGAACACAACUUUCAAAGGGUUGCCCUGCAGUUUCCAGACUGUCUCCUGGUAGAUGCCACAGAACUCACACUGAGGAUAGAAAAGGAAACUGGGGCAAAGGUGUAUAUCUUAGGGGACACGUCAUAUGGAAGUUGCUGUGUAGAUGAGGUGGCAGCCCAGCAUGUGACUGCAGACUGUAUUGUCCACUAUGGCCGGUCCUGUCUCAGCCCCACCUCCCACCUGCCUGUGCUGUUUGUGUUCUGUUGUCGACCUGUGGAUGUGGAACACUGUGUGCAGAGUUUCAGGGACCUGAUACCUGACCAACACAGCAGAGUCAUCCUCAUGUCUGAUGUCACUUAUUCUGCUAGCAUGAAUGACAUCAGUACCAGGCUUAGUCAGCAGUACACACAUUUGGUCACCUCCAGUCUCAACAUACCAGACUCCAAACUGGAUACAGAGUCCUCUACAGUUAACAGUACAUCAAGAAAACAAGACUCUCCAAACCAACAUAGUCAAGUCAUCAGUAGGUUUGGAAGGACGUUCUGUCUCCAAGCAGAUACAGAGUUGGACUCCUACUCAAUCUUCUACAUCGGAGAAGAAAGUCUCACCUUAACCAACCUCAUGAUGGCAUACAACAGGUGCACAUUCUACAGCUACAACCCAGAGGAAAAGAACUGUCGGAAGGAAACUCUCAAUGUCAACAAGGCCUUGAUGAAGAGGUACUACAUGGUAGAAAAAGCCAAGGAGGCAAACGUUGUAGGAAUUGUUGCAGGAACACUCGGAGUCUCGGACUACCUUACUAUGAUCAACAACUUGAAGGAGGUUAUCAAGAAAGCAGGGAAGAAAAGUUACACGUUCGUCAUGGGGAAGUUGAACGUGCCAAAGCUGGCGAAUUUCAUGGAAAUCGAUGUGUUUGUGCUGGUGGCGUGUUCGGAGAACACUUUGAUUGACUCGACAGAGUUCUACCGUCCAGUGGUGACUCCGUUUGAGAUGGAGCUGGCCUGCAACAGCUGCCGAGAGUGGACAGGAGAAUACGUCACAGACUUCAGAGAACUUCUUCCAGGUGCACCAUCACACGUGCCUAUGAGUGAAGGGACAGGUGAGGAUGAAACAGACGUGUCGCUGAUCUCAGGUGGGAUGAGGAGGGUGGGACUGAGAGAUGAGGAGACAGCAGGCAGUACAGCUGUAGUGAAGAGAAAUGACGUCCUCACUGUGGCAGAGGUCAACACAGGAGCAUCCUUCCUGCAGUCUCGAUCAUGGCAGGGUCUGGAGCAGCAGCUGGGAGAAACAGAAGUCAGCGCUGCUGUAGAGGGGAGGAGGGGGAUAGCAGCCGGGUACAGUCAUGAACCAGGGGCUGGGGGGGACAAGGAGGGGCCUCAGGCAUAAU